CGUGGAGGCUUUACGGCGUUGUGUGGAUAUGAAAAUGAGACGCUAAACCACAAGGUCUGCCACACUUCGAGAUAAACUGUUGUGCACAUGACGACGUUUGUUUUGAGUUCCUCCUCACUCUCUCUGUGCUGGGGCGCUCCUCGACAUGGCAGUGCAAGGUGCUUCCUACUGGCUGCGACCCUGCAUGCUUCUGCUGCUCUGUCUCUCUGAAGCCUUGUCCGAAGAGAUAAACAGAAAUUACUACGACACUCUUCAUGUUGAGCCAACAGCAACGGACAGCGAGAUAAAAAAGUCUUUCCGAAAACUGGCCGUGAAGUACCACCCUGAUAAGAACAAGAGCGCAGAUGCUGAGAAGACCUUCAGGGAGAUUGCUGAAGCCUACACAGUCCUCUCAAACAAGGAGCAAAGGAGGGUGUAUGACCGUGUGGGCCACGAAGCUUUCCUGAAAAAUGAGGACCUAGUCAAGCCUGAGGAUGAGUAUCAGACAAGCUUCCACUUCAGCUUCUCAGACGUCUUCCACGACUUUGAUGACAGUCUCUUUGGUGGACAGUGGGGCUUUCACCAGGAAGAGGAUGAGGAGGAUGGUCGUUAUGAACCCUACAGUUUUGAGGGGGAGAGAUUUAGCUUUUAUUUUGGCGAUCCAGAUGAAUAUGAAGAAGAGUACUACUUCUAAAAGUUUUUUUUUUGCCCUGUACUUGGAAUGACUGUAACCUUUUAACAUGUUUUCUUUUAUCGAUAAUAAAGUAUUCUGUCUAAAAUGCUCUCUCA